CAAAAAGAAUAUAAAAAUAAAAUAAAAAAUAUACACCUUAUCAUCUUGGUUCUACUUGAGAGCUACAUACUGACAUUCAGAUCAACUCAUCCCCAAAAGACUGUCAUCAUUUUCAUGAAUAAAUUACCUCAAAAUUCGCAUAACCGCCAUCGCUCAAGGUUGUUGCUCAUGCUGAUCGAUUCGGUUUCUACUCUCUCUGCUUACUUUAUUUGAGUUCUAUACACAAUCAAGGAAGAGACUUCACAGAUUCGUUUUUUCAAUCGAGGAAAAGACUUUAACAGUUAACAGGUUGUUGCAUCGUCUGUCUUAUGUGAUUCUUUUUGUUAAGGCUUAUUAUACGAGACUCUGUGAAUGACGAUCGAGCUGAUCACUAUUAGCAGGAGGUCGAUUAAAUUUUUGAAUUUUAAUUGGUGUGAGAAGAAUUUAGAUGAUGAAUAUUACUGUUCCUGAAUUCGAAGCGGACGAGGAUUACUUAAUUCAGGAGUCGCCCAAGAAAUCGAUAAUGGGUGGAGAUGAAGAUGUCAUGGAGUUGCUAUGGCAAAAUGGUCAAGUGGUGAUGCAGAGCCGAAAUCAGAGAUCAGUCGGGAAUAAGAAGCCAGAAACGAGGCUGCCGGUGGGCAGUAGAGACAUCCGAUCCUCCGUCGUUGAAGAAGAGACGGGGCCUUCUGACUUGUUCAUGCAAGAAGACGAGAUGGCCUCUUGGCUUCAUUACCCCGUCGACGACAAUACGUUAGAAGGCUAUCUAUACAGUAACGAUCUCCUCUAUCCUACCCCGCCAUCCUCUACUCCCGUGACCACCCCUUGCUCCCUCCCACCGCCUCCACCUCCGUCCAUAAUGAUUCCUUCUCCUCGCCCACCGGUCGCCCCAAUCAGGCGCGUGGAAUUGGAAUCAGGACAACCCAAGUAUCCAAAUUUCUUGCAUUUCUCGAGGCAUAAUAAACUCAGAACUCCAGAAUCAGGCAAUUCUAGUUCGAACGAGACCCCGGCGGUAGCAGCACCGGAAUCAAGGGCUUCGCGUGUGUCGGAUAAACCGACGCCGGUUUCUGCAGCGAACAUAGGACGUAGCGCAGCAGGUACAUCAUCGGCGGGGAGGGAAAUAGAGACAUGUGAACGAAGCGUGUCUCCGGGUUCGGGUGGCUCAGGAGCAAGCGGCAGUGUAGAGCCAUCUUCUCAAAAGCCACCGCCACCAACAACCGAUGAUCAUCGGAAGCGCAAGGGCAGAGAUACGUACGAAACCGAAUGUCACAGUGAGGACGUUGAGUUCGGGUGUCUAGAUGCAAAGAAGCAAUCACAAGGAUCGACCUCCACGAAAAGGUCCCGUGCUGCAGAGGUCCACAAUCUCUCAGAGAGAAGACGUCGAGAUAGGAUUAAUGAAAAAAUGAAGGCCUUGCAAGAACUAAUACCUCGUUCCAAUAAGUCCGACAAAGCUUCGAUGCUAGACGAAGCAAUUGAAUACUUGAAGUCUCUUCAAAUGCAAGUUCAGAUGAUGUCGAUGGGAUGCAACAUGGUUCCUAUGAUGUUCCCAGGUGUCCAACAAUACAUGCCACCCAUGGCAAUGGGGAUGGGGAUGGGGAUGAGCAUGAGCAUGGACAUGGGGAUGAACCAUGUCAUGGUUCCAUAUCCCGCCAUUCUUCCAGGUUCAUCGGUAGUCCCCAGCCCGGGUACUCAUAUGGGCCCACGUUUCCCAGUUUCCGGAUUUAACAUCCAUCCCGUUAAUGCCACAUGUCCUGCAACGAGUCAAGCCACUAACCUCUCAGCUCCAAUUAUGAGUUCAUUUCCUCUACAUAAUCAAAACCAACCACAAGUUCCAAAUUUCGCCGAUCCAUUUCAACAGUACAUUGGUCUACGACAUCAAACACCAUCACCUCUUCCUCAGAAUCAUGAAGGGAUGGCCUCCACUGCAACGAAGCCAAGCAGCAGCAAAGAUCCUAUCGACCCAGAUCAUCACCAAAACGGUUGAUUAUGGAGCGGUUAUUCGCGAAACAGGCUUCUUAGCCAACUAAAUUUUGUAGCGUAAGAGCUAGGAUCCGUGUAACCUGUAAUUAUACAAGAUGCUAAAAAAAAUAAAAAUAAAAAAAGCUUUCUUCUUAUUUAAUUUUCUUUACCAUUACCAACAUAUAUGUACCACUGAUUCCCCCACGUCUCGAGUAG